GUUUACUUAAAUAUUAACGGUAUGUCAACGCCACUGAAUGAAACUAAAACAGAAGUCCAAUAUGUCUCUUCCGGUAUCUAGUAGGGCCUUAAAUCAAAGGGCAACAAAAUAAUUUCCCUGACCUUUUAAUCCACAGUUUGGAGGGAGAUUUACUGUUGUUAGAUGAGUCUGUGUUUUUCGCAAUCUACUAAGGGUUCUUCCAUAAAAUCUAUCCCACGUAGUUCAAUUUCUAUUGAUUGAAUUGAUCGAUGUCCAAGUUCAAGUUUGAUUCUCAUCAUUACACAAUGCAUAUUAAAUUUGUUGCAUGUUAUAAACACAAGCAAAUUAAAAUUGAAAUACACUAUACCCUCUUCCAUCUUUUUAAAAUUUUUCCUUAUAAAGUUCUUCCCUCUAGCACGACAAUCUUUCAAUCUGGAAAUGACAAGGACACCCAGACAUCACCAACAGUUAUUUACGUUCAAGAAGGUUCUUCGGCUUCGAUCAGCUGUCAAAGUAUUGGAUCACGACCGGCAGUUGAACUGACAUGGAGAAUUGACGACCCUGUUAUUCCUCCUGGAAGUAUUAGUCGGUCGAAGACUCAAAAUGCUGUAGACGGCAGUCUGUUUGAUACCUUUAGUACUUACAAGUUCCAUCUGUAUAGGAAGUAUCAGGGGUUGAUUCUCUGGUGCUUUGUAUAUCUGAGUGAAGAUUUUAUCGAACGACACUUUGUUACAAUAUCAACGUAUGCACCACCGGAUGAGGUCGUUAUGACUUUACCUGCUGAAUUAAAAGAAGGGAUAGAAGGUACCGUGAUCUGCAAGGCUGCCAAUGGGUACCCAGCUCCUCGCAUUUACUGGUACAUAGGAUCAACAAAUAUGUUAGACCCGAUACACCUUCUUGGUUCAUCGUCAGUCAACACCAGGCGACAUCUUCGACUAUCCUCGCUGCCUGAGAACCUAUGUACGUCAGAGCUGGACAUACAGAUAUAA